ACCUGGACCUGGAUAGUCAAUAAAUGCUAGAUUGUAUCGACGACUCUUUUCGACAAUCAAAGGCUCGACCAUGUCUGGCUCGCCUUCUUAUUUCUGCCCUCUGCCGCACCGCAGAGGUCCUUCCGCUUCGUCUUGGCCUCCAUACCAGAAGCCGCAUCUCCUGCAUUCAUAUCGACAUCUUCCUUCUAGAGACAUUCAACACGAUGCCCCACCGAUAGCAUACUAUGCUCGCGCACCUAUAGGAUGCAAUCUCAACAACGGAUUCGAACAGAGAAAGGAAAGGGACCCUCGGCUGGUAGAGCAUCUUGAUGGGUUAUGUGAAGGCUUGCUACGGUAUGCGAGAAAAAAAGGGGGCCUGAAGAAGGGGGCGUUGAUCACCUGGAGAGGCAUGCUUACUAGGCUGCUAGUCGCAGCCUACAAUGAUCGAGACAGCUGGGAGAUGAAUGCAUUGUCUCUCGAUGGAAACGUUUACCUAGAGGAUUCCGUCACUUCCGAAGCCGUGGAACGCAAAAUAGCCGAAGACAAAAGCUCGGCGAUCUUUAGCUAUUACGGUUACGCCUUUGAGUCCUACUCGACCGUCAAGGACACUGCAUCAGGCGCUCGAACUCUGGCCUGGACUGAGGACAUGGAUGUCGAUACGAAUGAACAAUGGUGCUGCAUUGCCAAGUCAAAGAUUGGGCACACGCGACUGUAUUGUGGGGGAGAGGCAGAUUGCGUCGAGGGGCAAUGGCGAAACUCGUUAGCGGAUUGUGUCGAGCUCAAGACCAAUAUGCUCAUCAGAGACAGCAAAGGUCAGACGAAUUUCGAGCGCAAGCUGAUGAAGCACUGGGCACAAUCGAUGUUACUGGGGAUCCCGCACGUUGAAGUAGGCUUUAGGGAUAAUCGUGGUAUCGUACAACAAGUUCAAAGAUUCGAGACGAUGCGAAUACCGAGAAUGGUCAGGUCCAGCAAUGAAGCAAAUCCUCUUUGGACAUCUCAACAAUGCCUCGAAACCUUUGACGUGCUCGCCAAUUUCAUCGUCCAAACGAUCCUGCCAUCGGACCCGAUUCCAGGCUGGAAGGCUGCCGACGCAGAAUCGCGCUCACAACUGCCCGAGCCUAUCAUAUGGCGAAUCGGGUUCGAACCGAAGAAAGGGAUCACCUUGAGCGUGGCAGAAGACGCAUGGCGGGACGAGGAGGGCAGAUGGGGAUUCUUGCCGCUACCAUAUGUCCAAGAGUUAGUGGAUGCUCCUUGAAGCGCAUCAGUCUGGCAACAUCCAUACGGCCUUGCAGCAGACUAUGCUAAGAGGGACGUAUACUAGUAGGCGUCGUAGAAGGUGUCUCUGAGUAGCUGUGAUGAGUAAACUUGGUCUAUAUUGAUCUCAUGAUUAGCAACCGACUGUCGACCUUCUGCGGCACGUCGUCAGGUGGUCUACCUGUCCACAGGAUUGGAAAUAUGGAAAGUAAUCUGGCUUGCUUCGAUGUACGCCAGGUCCUCCUCUUGAUUCCAUAGUAACCUAGAAGAUCAGAUGUAGACAGCAGCUGCCAGGCGCAUGACCAUCAGCGUUCUGUCAACAAAUGACUGAUAGAGCCCUCAAUUCAGCAGAAAGGUUGAUCUACGG